AUGGCCAUCCUAUGGCAUCAUAAGCUCGCUCUCAUCAUUUCCCUCCACACCACCCUCCUUCUCGCCCAACUCCAAUGCCCACCCUUGGGCCCCAUCCUACCCGCGCCGACGAACCUGACGCACAACAACAAUAACAACUCUACACUCUCCCAAGUCCUCGCGGCCAUCACCACGCAACUCCAAGCUUACAGCUCGCAACUCAACGCCACAGCGCUGUCCGUGGGCGUACGGUCAAUCCACGAACCUGCCCCAGUGUUGAGCUUCCACCACACGCCCACGACGUUCAACACGAGCGGCACGCACAAGGUCAACGGCGACACCGUGUACGCAAUUGGCAGCGCGACCAAGCUCUUCACCGCGCUGUCGAUCCUCCAGCUCCAGGGGAAAAUCAACCUCGCGGACCCGAUCACGAAAUAUGUGCCCCGGCUCGCGCAGAUGGAUGGGAGCCACGAUGACCCGUUGACGAGGGUUGAUUGGGACAGUGUCACGGUGGAUGCUCUCGCGAGCCAUUUGGGUGGUAUUGGUGCAGACCAUUUCUUCAACAACUUCGCUCGCCGGCCGCCCGUGUACGCCCCCUCGACCACCCCCGUGUACUCGAACAUCGGGUACGCGCUGCUCGGGCGCGUCAUCGAGAACGUCACCGGAAAGACGUACGCCGCGUACCUGGAAGACGCGGUCUUUGGGCCUGCGAACCUGCGUCGUACGUCCCUGGGGGCUCCCGCCAACACGUCCCUGGGAUUCAUCCCCGCCGAGACGAAUUGGUGGGGGACACCGCUGGGGUAUGAGAAUAGCUCUGGCGGGAUAUACUCGACCAACAACGACCUCCUGUCCUUUGGCGCGGCGAUCCUCUCCUCAAAGCUCCUCGCCUCACCAGCCAAGACGCGCGCGUGGCUGAAACCCAAGACCUUCACCUCGUCGCCAGGCGUGUCGGUGGGGGCACCGUGGGAGAUUGCGCGCGGCGAGAACCUCACGGCUGACGGCCGCCUGAUCGACCUGUACACCAAGACCGGCAAUCUGGGCGACUACACGGCCAUACUGGCGCUGGUGCCAGACUACGACCUCGUCGUGGCCAUCAAUCUCGCAGGUCCGGAGAGCUCGAUCGCGGCGAUCCAGGUGAUUUUCUCGAUGCUGGUGCAGGCGCUGGUGCCAGGCGUGGCUGAGGUCGGGCGCAGCGACGCCGAGCUCAAAUACGCAGGGACAUACACGUCGUCAUCCUCGUCUUCUGCCGGUUCCAACGCCAACGCCACGAGCACCAUCACCCUCUCCGUCGACGACUACGGUCUCGUCGUCUCAGACUUUGUUGCGCGCGGCAUCGACGUCCGCAGCCCCGAUACCGGCUACGCCGCCCUCGCCGGCUCAUCUGAUAACACCACCACGACGAUCCGACUAUACCCGACAAACCUCGCGGCGGGGAACCAAACGGCCUGGCGCGCCGUGUACCAGACCAGCAGCGCGGCAGAGCUGGCGGCGUUUGACGCUGAGCUCUUUUUCCCCGGCGGUAGCUGCCAAUCGUGGACAGCCGUCGAUUUGCAGACCUACGGGUUCGAGGCGCUCGAUUACUUCGUCCUGACGGCCGACUCGGACGGCGUGGUUGUUCGCGUGGAGCCCAGGGCGUGGCGGCUCGUGAUGGAUAGGACGGCCACGUCGGGACGAUGA